GUAAGAAAUGGCUUAUAAAAUGGUUGGCGCAACGGCAGAAGUAUUCAGUGUCUCACAGUUACCACGAUGGCUGCGUUCAAGAGUUCCCUGCUGCUGCUGACGCUUCUGCUGGCCAUCCACCUGGAGGCCUCCAAGAUCGUCUACAAGAAGCCGCUCUACGGGAUGGGCAAUCUCAUCAAGGACAAGCGCGUGAAGACGAAACCUGUCAAGCUGGAAACCAGCAGCACCAGCAGCACCACCACGAGGAGCACCACCGCCGCAGAGGAUUGGCCAACGGCCGUUGAGUUUGUGAUCAUGACGACGCCCGCCAGCGAGCUGGAAGCCAGCUCGGAAUCCGUUGGUGCCACCAAUGGCACCACAGAAUCGCCUGUUGGUGAGGCGCCCCACCUAGGAUCGUCGGAGGGAUCCACCAGAACCAUCCAGGCGGAACCAUCCACCAGCUCACCGCUGAGCACAACGCCAUCGAGCAGCAGUCCGGUGAGCAGCAUUCCCUCGCCACCGACACCGGGAGUGCUCGUCCAGGAUAAUCAGCCAGUUCCCUGCACCUGCGGCGUCUUCCUCUCCUCGCAAAUACCCAAUGGCUUGCCCACGAAGCCACUUAUACACCAGGAAUUGGAUCACAUGUUCCCCUGCAAUGCCAUCGGUCGCAAGCAGUGUCAAACCAAAUGCCUGGAAACGAUCGUACAGCACCUGCCGAAUUCCGCAAAUAUAGUGUGCUCGGCGCUGGGUCACGAUUGCCACAAGGAACGGGCGUAUUUGUUCAUCAAGAACUGCCACAACCAAUGGGUUAAUACGAAUCUGCAGGCGGGCAGGGAGUACUGUUGUCGCUCUGGCGUUCCCUACCGCUGCCCUUUGAUGGGUUAACACGCUGCAAAUGAAAUAAAUGCCUGAUAUGAAACAA